CCCAGCGGCUCUGGGGCCGGCAUGGUGCUGGAGGGGCUCAAGGCCAAGCUGCGGCGCUGGGGCAGGCGGCUCUGUUACUCCCUGCUGCUGCUGCUCUAUGCGGGGUGGCCCGCGUGCCUCACGCCCCCCCUCCGUUACAGGCUGGUCUUCGGCAUGCUGUACCCUGCCUACGCUUCCUACAAGGCUGUGAAGACCAAAAAUAUCCGGGAAUACGUCCGCUGGAUGAUGUACUGGAUCGUCUUCGCGCUCUUCACAGCCACGGAGACCUUCACCGACCUGCUCAUCUCCUGGUUUCCCUUCUACUACGAGAUAAAGAUGGCCUUCGUCAUCUGGCUGCUCUCCCCCUACACCCGGGGAGCCAGCCUGUUCUACCGCAAAUUCGUGCACCCCACGCUGUCUCGCAGGGAAAAGGAGAUCGACACGUACAUCAUCCAGGCCAGGGAACGCGGCUACGAGACGAUGGUGCGCUUUGGCAAGAGGGGCCUCAACAUGGCAGCCACGGCUGCGGUCCAGGCAGCCGCCAAGAGCCAGGGCGCGCUGGCCGGGCGGCUCCGCAGCUUCAGCAUGCAGGACCUGCGCUCCAUCCCCGACGAGGCCCCUGUGCACUACCGGGACCCCCUGUACCUGGAGGAGCAGGAGAGCCGCAGGCAGCUGCUAGCCUACAGUGUGCCCUCGGCCAGCCGGCAGUACGAGAGCGAGACGGAGGACGAGGAGCUCUGGUCGGACUCGCAGGUCUCGCCCGAGCCUUCGCCCCGUGGCCGGGACCCCAAGCCCCUCUCCCGCAGCCAGAGCCUGCGCACGGCAAAGAAGAAGAUGCCGGGGAAAGAGGGAUCUUCCCGGCUCUUGCGCAGCCGGAUCAGGAAGAAAGCGGCUCCGUCGGAGCAGGACAGCUGACGGCCCUGGGGAAACCCUCUGCCAGGAGUCUUAACACAAGUUUGCUGCUGCAGCACCAGGAGGGAGCCACGGUUCGUGCAUCCCCGCUCGCGGGGAGGCGGCUCCCCCCUGCAUUACACUGCAAAUACCUUCUCUGACCUCUGCGCCGGCCCGGCUGCACUGUGCACCCCCAGGCUGCCCCUCCAGCCCGGCUGCCUCGUGGAGGGCA